CCAGUCGCUAGAAGCGCGCGCGCAUACAGCGAUAUACGACACGAACGACUCUCGCGAAUUGUUUACCAUAAUAUAUUUACAUAGUUACAUGGCAAAAGUUUGACUCUUUAUUAUGUGAUAAUUUUAUUUAAACCUCGAGUGUAAGAUUAUUUAAUCGUUUUAAUUUAAGAAUCUCCUCUCGUAUGAGUGUAUUUAAUUUGUAAUUUACGUAACAUAGUGGGACCAAAAUGACUAUAAAAAAUAAAAAGACUAAGCAAUCAAAUACGUCCGAGGUGACGUCUAAGAGUGCGUCGACAAGUGUUCAGAAGACCAGCACCUCGACAUCUGUGCAAAAGAGCAGCAAUACACUUCAAAAGGUCAGCUCGUCUGGUAAGAAGGUACGCUAUAUUGAAGUAAAGGUCGAAGAAGACGACCCGCUUAUGAUAACUGAUGUCUCUGAUCAUGCUUCUAUAAGUGGAUCUACUGUAUCCGAGCAUUAUAAUAGCCACCCUCACUACAUAAUUACGGAGGCUCCAUCGAUAUCCGAUUUAUCACAGACCAGAUCUCAAGAACAUCAUGUGAGUGACAUGGCUCAAUCCACCAGUGGUGAAUUUGUAUCUAACUCGGUAGUUCAAGAGUCAUCCUCUACAUCACAUCAGCAGAGUUCUACAAGUGAAAUACACCAGUCCUCUUCGACAUCAAUUCAGCGUUCUGGCUCUAGCCACAGCCAACAUUUUGACCGGACGACCGAUUCUUCUGUUAAUAAUCAGACUCUUAACACUGCAUUUAUAGAUAACUCGGCGCACAAUGUAACAGGGUCUAGUAAUACAUUUAUGUCAAGAUCUCAUGGAGCCAAUGCAACAGAAUCUUUUAUUCAAUCAGAACGGCAAAAUUUAAUGGAUCAACAAUCUCGGGCAAGUAAAGAGCGAAUCACGAGCCAUGGUACGACUUCAGUUGGUUCACAAAAUGUUAAUAAUCGCGAGAAUGAACGUAAGAAUCUUUCUGAUUCAUCUAGGAGAGAUCAGACAGUAAAAUCUGAUCGUUCAAAUUUUUACGGCGGAGAAGGCAGCCUGGAUAAGAACGUCAAAACAAAAGAAUUUAGUAGCACAUCUCAUUCAAGUGAAUCUAAAAGUAGUAAUGUGAAAAAAUCUUCUUCGUCUUCAUAUGUAGUUGAAAUUGUUGAUGGAAAAGAACGUAUAAUUGACAGCUCAAAGAGAGAAUGGGGUGAUGCUCAAGAACAUGCUACUAAAGAAGAUUAUGCCAGUAUCAGUGGGACGGGCAUAAAACCAGAAUCCGCUCAUAGCGUGCAGAAUUAUGAUAUGAAAUCUAAAUAUGAUACAGUUGGAAAAGAUGGUAAGCCAAUAAAUGAAAUGACUGUAAGAGAAAAUUCUAAAUUUGUGAAAGAUGGAAGAGAGAUUAUGAGCCAUGAUAGUAGUGUAUCACAAAAAGAUAAUUCCAUUCAAAAGCAACAUAGCAUUACGCGAGAUCAGAUUACCUCGAAAGAUAAUAUUCAAUCCACCACCACAUCUCGAGACCAUGUUGAUCAUUCUACCAAAUCUCGAGACCAUGUUGAUUAUUCUGCAACUGCAGACUUUGAAAGUCGUCAAACUGAUAAAAAUAUAGUUGAAAGUAGAGUACAGAGCAACAAAGUAAAUAAUGAAAUUAAUAGUACUAGGCGACGCAAUGCUAAUGAAACGGAUUCAUCUAAUUUCUAUGGUUAUGAUUCGACUGUACAAAAUCAACUUCGCAAAGUAGGAGAUAUUUUGCAAGUUUCUGAUACGAAAAAUCUUAAUUACUCUACGAAAAUUCUAAAAAGCAACACAAGCAGUGCUCAACAAGAAUCUACAUCUUCGUAUGUAUUCGAAGUAGUAAAUGGAAAGCAGAAACUAGUUGACAGUUCUCAUAGAGAAUGGGGAGACAGCAAGGACCACUCUACUCACGAAAAGAGCCAUCAAAUAAGUGGCACUGGAAUAAAACCACAACAUGAAUACACGCGUCAAGUUUUAGAUAAAGAGGCUUUUUAUGAUACUGGAAAAGAUGGUGUACCUAAAAGUGGUACUUACGCUACUGAAGAAUCAGUUUUGUAUAAGGAUGGGAAGCAGAUAGCAUCUACAAGCAACACUUAUGGUGGCGAUUUUACUCGUAAACCAGCUAUAACCGAGUACACUGCAGAUAAAGCAGAUAUCCACAACAAACGUAUUAGUUCCACUAGUGAUAAAAAUAUAUACUCUGAUACUUUUGUCUCAACAUCUAGUGAUACACAGUCAGAUAUUCAUGAUACGAAAAAUGUAACGGAAACUACUGAUUUUAUUUCAAAAGAAAAACAAAAUCUCACGAAAGAAAGUACUUCUACGUCUACUUCUCAAACUAAAGAUACAUUAACAUCCUAUGAAAGAAGUACUGGAACCUGGAAUGGUAAAUUCACCUAUGAAACUGAUGAUGAGAGGCCUAAACGCCCUAAGCAAAUGUCACCAUUCGGAAGACCUGAGAAGCCUAGGCAUCACCUAAAGAGACAAGACACGGAAGAAAAUAUAAUAUUGUCUUCAAGGGACAUAAAAGACUUUACAUCUAUAAGUGACCUGCGAAAAAUUAUUGAGUCGUCAUCGACAAAUAAAGACGUUACCGUUAGCAACAAGAAUAUCGUUAUAAAUAAAAAAAACAUUGAUGACAGAGUUUUAAAAGAAAUUAUCGAAACCGUUAAUAAAUAUCCUUUCAAACGAAUCGAUAAAGUCACAUUUGGAACUAAAAUCAAUGAAGAUGUUAAAGACCUUUAUGAAGGAAUCGACACUGAAGAAACAACAGUUUUACAUACCACAUCAGGUGAUACUAUAAAGAGGGCAUUUGAAGUAGAUAAAACACGCAGUCAAAUUGAAGUAACUCGUUAUAUAACCGAAAAUGGAGUAACCAGAAAAGUAACUACUUACGAAGAUGCUAAAGAAGACGAGAAAAUAAAAACGGAUGUUUUUGUCGACAACAGCUCGUUAGACAUCAGAAACUUGAAGGAUGUCCGAACAACGAAAGAUAUACGCGAAUACGACGUGGUUGAUCGCGCAAUUACCGACACCACGAGGGAGGAUACUGUCGUCAGCACCGUCUAUGAUGAAACCAUCAUAGAUGACCGAAAAACUGUGCACGACGACAGGACCGUAAUAGAAGACACAGUCUACAUAGAAGAGACCAGGCCAAGACAAGGUGGCCCCAAAAAACCAGAGAAAAUCGUCCAAAAAGAACAAUGCAUUUGCGAAAUCUGCACCUGUGGGCGUCACCGUUGCCUACACAACGAUGUCCCGGAGCCAUUGUUCGAUGUGGAGCACACGAGCGUGGUCUCCGCUUACAAGCAGGAUUACGACGAAAAACAUAUCAGUCGCACUACGGCCGUCCAUCACGAAGACCACUUGCGGCUUGAAGGUGAUUUCCAGGAACCGGAACGUCCUCGCUGGCAGCCCGCCGAGCGACCUAAACCUACAAAACCUGAAGAUAACCUUAAACCUGAAGGCGAAUUUGAAAGGAGACGUCCAGAAGAAUGGCGGCCUGGUGAAAGGGCUCCGGUAAAGAAACCAGAGGAUAAUCUGAAACCUGAAGGUGACUUUGAAGAUAGGCGGCCUGAAGUUUGGCGACCUGGAGACAGAGCCCCUGUACGCCGACCAGAGGAUAACUUAAGGCCCGAAGGAGAGUUUUCAACUCCUGAUAAAGAACCGUGGAGACCUGCUGAGCGACCUAAGCAAAAGAAACCAGAAGAUAAUCUGAAACCUGAAGGCGAAUUUUCUACUCCUGAAAAGGAAACCUGGCGUCCAGCUGAACGCCAGAAGCCAAAAAAACCAGAAGACAAUUUACGCCCAGAAGGGGAAUUUGAGAGACGCAAGCCUGAAGAGUGGCGCCCCGGAGAUAGAGCACCUGUACGUCGACCAGAAGAUAACUUGAAACCUGAAGGUGAUUUUGAAGAUCGAAAAUCCGAAGACUGGAGACCUGGGGAUCGAGCUCCAAUUCGACGUCCUGAAGAUAAUCUUAGACCAGAAGGCAAGUUUACUUCUCCAGAAAAAGAGCCUUGGCAACCAGCUGAACGUCCGAAACCUAAAAAACCCGAAGAUAAUUUGCGUCCCGAGGGAGAGUUUGAAAGACGUAAACCUGAGGAAUGGCGCCCUGGUGAUAGAGCUCCAGUACGUAAACCGGAGGACAAUUUGAAACCUGAGGGUGAUUUUGAGAAUAGGCGGACUGAAGUUUGGCGACCUGGAGACAGAGCUCCUGUACGCCGACCAGAGGAUAACUUAAGGCCCGAAGGAGAGUUUUCAACGCCUGAUAAAGAACCGUGGAGACCUGCUGAGCGACCCAAGCAAAAGAAACCAGAAGAUAAUCUUAAGCCUGAAGGUGACUUUGAAAAGAGGAAACCUGAAGAAUGGCAACCUGGUGAUAGGGCACCGGUGAAACGGCCUGAAGACAAUUUAAAGCCAGAAGGAGAUUUUACGACGCCAAAGAAAGAGGAAUGGAAACCAGCAGAACGGCCAAAGCAAAAGAAACCAGAAGACAAUUUAAAGCCCGAGGGUGAAUUUGAUAGGCAGACACCUGAAAAAUGGCGACCAGGUGAAAGAGAGCCUAUGAGACGUCCUGAAGAUAAUUUGAAACCCGAAGGAGAAUUCACCACUCCUAAAAAGGAGGAAUGGAAACCAGCAGAAAGACCUCAACAAAAGAAACCUUUAGAUAAUUUGAAACCUGAAGGAGAAUUUACAACUACAAGAACAAUAACUGAAGACUACAGGGUUGUCACCGGUGAAAGAGCUGACAUUAUACGUCGUACUGAUAAUAUUAUAACUGAAGGAGAAUUCACAGAUACAACAACUUCUCGCUCUGAGUUCACUGGGAAACCUGUUGAGAGACCAAAACCAGUUCGACGCAAUACGUGGACAAAGAUCGAGGGCGAUAUGACAACAGAAACUACAUCAAUGUCAGAAUUUGUUGAUUAUACUGAUACUGUAGAACGAACAACAUUGGUUUCAAGGAAAACUGAUAACUUAAUUCGUGAGGGGGAAAUAGACUUUGUAACGUCUAAUCAAAAAGACUUUACCGAAAAAAUUAUGACAGUCGAACGUCCGCAGAGGCGUCGAACUUGGACAAAGGAAGAUUUUGAAAAAUUCUAUUCAACUGAAGAUGUUGAGUCACUUACUACUACACAAGAAGAAUAUCAGACUUAUGAGGAAAGAAGACCGAGACGUCCUGAAAUUAAAAAACCAAAAGAUAAUCUUAAACCAGAAGGUGACUUUGAAACUCCAAAACAGGAAGAAUGGCGUCCAGCAGAACGCCCAGUACAGAAAAAACCUAAAGAUAACUUGCGACCUGAAGGUGACUUUGAAAAAAGACAACCAGAAGAAUGGCAACCAGCAGAGCGUCAAAAACAAAAGAAACCCGAAGACAAUCUCAAGCCAGAAGGUGACUUUGAAACUCCUGAAAAAGAAAGAUGGCGGCCUGCUGAGCGACCUGAGCAAAAGAAACCUAAAGAUAACUUGCGACCUGAAGGUGACUUUGAACAAAGGCAACCAGAUGAAUGGAAACCAGCAGAGCGUCCUAAACAAAAGAAACCCGAAGACAAUCUCAAGCCAGAAGGUGACUUUGAAACUCCUGAAAAAGAAAGAUGGCGGCCUGCUGAGCGUCCUGAGCAAAAGAAACCUAAAGAUAACUUGCGACCUGAAGGUGACUUUGAGCAAAGACAUCCAGAUGAAUGGCAACCAGCAGAACGUCCUCAACAAAAGAUACCCAAAGACAAUCUCAAGCCAGAAGGUGACUUUGAAACCCCUGAAAAAGAAAGAUGGCGACCUGCUGAGAGACCUGAGCAAAAGAAACCUAAAGAUAACUUGCGACCUGAAGGUGACUUUGAGCAAAGGCAUCCAGAUGAAUGGAAACCAGCUGAGCGUCCUAAACAAAAGAAACCCGAAGACAAUCUCAAGCCAGAAGGUGACUUUGAAACUCCUGAAAAAGAAAGAUGGCGGCCUGCUGAGCGACCUGAGCAAAAGAAACCUAAAGAUAACUUGCGACCUGAAGGUGACUUUGAACAAAGGCAACCAGAUGAAUGGAAACCAGCAGAGCGUCCUCAACAAAAGAUACCCAAAGACAAUCUCAAGCCAGAAGGUGACUUUGAAACCCCUGAAAAAGAAAGAUGGCGACCUGCUGAGAGACCUGAGCAAAAGAAACCUAAAGAUAACUUGCGACCUGAAGGUGACUUUGAGCAAAGGCAUCCAGAUGAAUGGAAACCAGCUGAGCGUCCUAAACAAAAGAAACCCGAAGACAAUCUCAAGCCAGAAGGUGACUUUGAAACUCCUGAAAAAGAAAGAUGGCGGCCUGCUGAGCGACCUGAGCAAAAGAAACCUAAAGAUAACUUGCGACCUGAAGGUGACUUUGAACAAAGGCAACAAGAUGAAUGGAAACCAGCAGAGCGUCCUAAACAAAAGAAACCCGAAGACAAUCUCAAGCCAGAAGGUGACUUUGAAACUCCUGAAAAAGAAAGAUGGCGGCCUGCUGAGCGACCUGAGCAAAAGAAACCUAAAGAUAACUUGCGACCUGAAGGUGACUUUGAGCAAAGACAUCCAGAUGAAUGGCAACCAGCAGAACGUCCUCAACAAAAGAUACCCAAAGACAAUCUCAAGCCAGAAGGUGACUUUGAAACCCCUCAAAAAGAAAGAUGGCGACCUGCUGAGAGACCUGAGCAAAUAAGACCUAGAGAUAAUCUUAAACCAGAAGGUAACUUUGAAACUCCUGACAAACAGAAGUGGCGACCUGCAGAGCGACCUAAAGCAACAAAACCGGAAGAUAAUUUAAGACCUGAAGGUGACUUUGAAAAGAAAAAAACUGAUGAAUGGCAACCAACAGAACGUCCUAAGCAAAAGAAGCCAGAAGACAAUCUUAAGCCAGAAGGAGACUUUGAAACCCCUGACAAAGUAAAAUGGCAACCUGCAGAGCGACCUGAGCAAAAGAAACCUAAAGAUAAUCUUAAGCCAGAGGGUGACUUUGAAACCCCAGAAAUAGAAACCUGGCGACCGGCAGAGCGACCUGAACAAAAGAGACCGAAAGACAAUCUAAGGCCAGAAGGUGACUUUGAACAUCGAAAACCUGAUGAAUGGAAACCAGCAGAACGUCCAAAACAAAAGAAACCAGAAGACAAUCUCAAACCGGAAGGAGACUUUGAAACCCCUGACAAAGUAAAAUGGCAACCUGCAGAGCGACCUGAGCAAAGGAAACCUAAAGAUAAUCUUAGGCCAGAAGGUGACUUUGAACAUCGAAAACCUGAUGAAUGGAAACCAGCAGAACGUCCAAAACAAAAGAAACCCGAAGACAAUCUCAAACCGGAAGGUGAAUUUGAUUCACCUGAAAAAGAAAUAUGGCGUCCUGCUGAGCGACCUGAGCAAAUAAGACCUAAAGAUAAUCUUAAACCAGAAGGUGAAUUUGAAACCCCUGAAAAAGAGCGUUGGCGACCGGCAGAACGACCUACAGCUAAAAAACCAGAAGAUAACUUGCGACCCGAAGGUGACUUUGAACAUCGGAAACCUGAUGAGUGGAAACCAGCGGAACGUCCCAAACAAAAGAAACCUCAAGACAAUCUCAGACCGGAAGGUAAAUUUGAAUCACCUGAAAAAGAAAAAUGGCGUCCUGCUGAGCGACCUGAGCAAAUAAGACCUAAAGAUAAUCUUAAGCCAGAAGGUGACUUUGAAACUCCUGAUAAAGUACGAUGGAAGCCUGCUGAGCGCCCUGAGCAAAGGAAACCUAAAGACAAUCUCAAGCCAGAAGGUGACUUUGAAACUCCUGAAAAAGAAAGAUGGCAACCUGCAGAUCGACCAAAAGCGUCAAAACCGGAAGAUAAUUUGCGACCGGAAGGUGAUUUCGAAUAUCAAAAACCUGAAGAAUGGAAACCAGCAGAACGUCCUAAACAAAAGAAACCGAAAGACAAUCUUAAGCCGGAAGGUGAAUUUGAAUCCCCUGAAAAAGAAAGAUGGCAACCUGCUGAGAGACCCGAGCAAAUAAAACCUAAAGAUAAUCUUAAGCCAGAAGGUGAUUUUGAUACUCCUGAUAAAGUAAAAUGGCGACCUGCCGAACGACCAGAGCAACAGAAACCCAAAGAUAAUCUAAAGCCAGAGGGUGACUUUGAAACCCCAGAAAAAGAAAAAUGGCGGCCUGCUGAGCGACCUGAACAAAAGAGACCUAAAGACAAUCUCAAGCCAGAGGGUGAAUUUGAGACUCCUGAGAAAGAAAGAUGGCGACCUGCAGAUCGACCUAAAGCAACAAAACCAGAAGAUAACUUGCGACCCGAAGGUGACUUUGAACAUAGAAAGCCUGACGAAUGGAAACCAGCAGAACGUCCCAAACAAAAGAAACCGGAAGAUAAUCUCAAGCCCGAAGGUGACUUUGAAUCCCCUGAAAAAGAACGAUGGAGGCCUGCCGAGAGACCUGAACAAAUAAGACCUAAAGAUAAUCUUAAGCCUGAAGGUGAAUUUGAAACUCCCGAUAAAGAAAGAUGGCGUCCUGCUGAGCGGCCUAAACAAAAGAAACCACAAGAUAAUUUACGACCUGAAGGUGACUUUGAGCAUCGAAAACCUGAUGAAUGGAAACCAGCAGAGCGUCCCAAGCAAAAGAAACCGGAAGACAAUCUAAAGCCUGAAGGUGAAUUUGAAUCCCCUGAAAAAGAAAGAUGGAGACCUGCUGAGAGACCUGAGCAAAUAAGACCCAAAGAUAAUCUUAAGCCUGAAGGUGUAUUUGAAACGCCCGAUAAAGAAAGAUGGCGACCUGCUGAGCGGCCUAAACAAAAGAGACCACAAGAUAAUUUACGACCGGAAGGUGACUUUGAGCAACGACAACCUGAUGAAUGGCAACCAGCAGAACGUCCAAAACAAAAGAAACCUGAAGACAAUCUUAAGCCAGAAGGUGAAUUUGAGUCGCCUAAAAAAGAAAGAUGGAGGCCUGCUGAGAGACCUGAGCAAGUAAGACCUAUAGACAAUCUUAAACCAGAAGGUGAAUUCGAAACUCCUGAUAAACAAAGAUGGCAACCUGCUGAGCGCCCUAAACAAAAGAAACCACAAGAUAACCUGCAUCCAGAAGGCGAUUUCGAGCAACGACACCCUGGUGAAUGGCAACCAGCCGAACGUCCCAAGCAAAAGAAACCCGAAGACAACCUGAAGCCAGAAGGUGAAUUUGAAACCCCAGAAAAAAGUAAGUGGAGGCCAGCAGAGCGACCAAUAGUGAAAAAACCACAUGAUAAUUUACGACCCGAAGGGGAGUUUGAACAACGAAAACCCGAUGAAUGGCAACCAGCAGAACGUCCCAAACAAAAGAAACCUGAAGACAAUCUUAAGCCAGAAGGUGAAUUCGAGAAUAAACCAAAGUCUGAAGAAUGGCGGCCUGCAGAUCGUCAGACACCCAAAAAACCUAAGGAUAAUUUGAAACCAGAAGGUCAAUUUGAAACACCUGAAAAAGAGCGGUGGCGACCAGCUGAAAAAGCAGAUAUAAGAAAACCACAGGAUAACCUGAAGCCUGAAGGUGAAUUCGAAAAGCCCAAGCAAGACGAUUGGCGGCCUGCUGAACGUCAGACACCGAAAAAGCCUAAAGAUAAUCUCAAACCAGAAGGCCAGUUUGAAACUCCUAAACAAGAUAAAUGGCGCCCUGCUGAAAAGCCUGAAGUUCGAAAACCAAAAGAUAAUUUAAAGCCUGAGGGAGAAUUCGAGAAACCUAAACAGGAAGAUUGGAAACCAGCUGAAAGACAGACGCCAAAGAAGCCACAAGACAAUUUGAAGCCAGAGGGUAGUAUUGAUACUCCUAAGCGUGACGACUGGCGUCCAGCGGAAAAGGUUGAAGUUAAGAAACCUAAAGAUAAUCUCAAACCGGAAGGUGAAUUUGUUCGUCCUGAAAAACCGAGAUCCUCUCCUUUAGGAGAAAGACCUGUACAGAAAAUACCUCAAGACAAUCUCAAACCAGAAGGUGAGAUGAAUGUUGUUCGACGUACCGAUUACACAGCAACUCGGGGUGAUCGUGCCGAAGUUGUUAAACAUGAAGAUCACUUGAAAAUGGAAGGUGUUAUCAACGUUCAACGUUCGAGAGAUGACUUCAAAAGAAUAGAGAAAACAGAGCGGAUAGUUAUACAAAAGCAUGAAGAUAAUUUGAAAACAGAGGGAGAAUUUAUUGAUCUGCGAACUCGAAAUGAUUAUAGUGCUACAAAAGGAGAGAGGGCGCCGGUAGUCAAACCACAAGAUACUCUUAAACCGGAUGGUAAAUUCUAUAAGCCUGAAGUUGUACCAUCUCAACCAGCAGAAAAAAGAAAGCCUUUCAAACAUGUUGACAACAUUACAAUUGACCGAGAAGUAGAUCUGCGUCACAGGCAAAAAAUAGAAAGACUUGAUAUAAUUCGAAGAGAAGACAACCUGAAGAUAGAAGGUGAAUUUAUAGAUAUGAAACAGAGAAAUGAUUAUAGCGUUGUGACCGGCGAUAGAAUGGCUAUAGUCAAGCACGAAGACAAUCUUAAAAUGGAAGGGAAAAUGGAUACUGUUCGCACUUCUGAUACUUAUCGCGUUGUCAAAGGACAAAGAGUAAAACUUACUCGAAGGGAGGAUAAUCUUAAGAUUGAGGGUGUAUUUGAAGACCAUACACGUAGAGAUGACUACAAACAAAUAAAAGGUGUGAAAACAGCAAUCAAUUACUACCCAGGCGGUAAGUAUCCAAAAGAACAGGGGGAUAAAUUACCUGGAGAGCUUAAGGGCGACACACCAAAAAGUUAUCAUGAUAGACAUCCAAAAGAACCAAUUUCUAAGCAGACGUCGUACACAAUAAAGGAGGUUACAGAAACAGAUAAUACAAUUAAAAGUACACAAGACGAUACUACAAAGUAUAUAGUUCACCGCACAUCAAAAUUGGCAAGACCAAAUAAUGGACCUGAAAACGACCAACGUUUGUCCGAUUCUAGUAUACCACAUAGAAGUCCUACUGAUGAAGUCGAUGAAACUGGUAGACCAAGAUGGGUAAAGCCUCAAGACAAUUUACAUACAAGUGGUGAAAUGCAAAGCCGACUAAAAUCUCAAUGGCAACCAGGGGAUACACCGGAACAAAUCCGUCCUAAAGAUAAUUUAAAGCCGGAAGGCGAAUUUGAUCGUCCAAAGCGGCCACACUGGCAACCAGGGGAUACGCCGGAGCAAGUUCGGCCUAAAGAUAACCUUAAACCGGAAGGUGAAUUCGAUCGCCCUAAGCGACCACAGUGGCAACCAGGGGAUACGCCAGAGCAAAUUCGGUCUAAAGAUAAUUUAAGACCGGAAGGUGAUUUCGAUCGCCCUAUGAGAUCACAAUGGAAGCCAGCGGAAACACCGGAGCAAAUCCGUCCUAAAGAUAAUCUAAGGCCAGAAGGAGAUUUCGACCAACCUAAACGAUCUCAAUGGCAACCCAGCGACACACCCGAGCAAAUUCGUCCUAAAGAUAAUCUUAAACCAGAAGGCGGCUUCUAUCGGCCUAAGCAACCAAAAUGGCAACCAGGAGAAACACCAGACCAAAUCCGUCCUAAAGAUAAUUUAAGACCGGAAGGUGAUUUCGAUCAAACUAAGCGUCCUCAAUGGCAACCGGGAGAUACGCCAGAGCAAAUACGUCCAAAGGAUAACCUUAGACCAGAGGGCGACUUUCAUCGACCUAAGCAACCACAAUGGAAGCCGGGCGAUACACCAGAGCAAGUUCGGCCUAAAGACAACCUUAGGCCAGAAGGGGACUUUGAUUACUCACAGCAGUCGCAAUGGCAACCAAGCGAGCGUCCAAGUCCUAUUCGACCUAAAGACAACCUGUAUACUAAGGGUGACAUUAAAGGGUAUCCAGGUGCCGGUAAACCAGAUGCUUAUCACCCUAAAGACGGUCCAAGGUCUGAUUAUGAGACUGAUCGUUACUCUCCUCGUCAUGUUAGUACUGGAGAUAAAAGAAAACCUCAUCAAUCAAAGGAAGAUAUAACGGAUGUCUCAGGUUCAAGAUACGGAUCAAAAGUUACUACUAGAGAUGAACGCACAGGCAUGGUAAAAACUCAAACAGGUCAUGAUAUUAAAUCACAUAUUACUAAAUCUACUUCUGACGAACAUCACGAAAGCAGGUUGCAGAAAUCUUAUGUACAUACAACUCAACACACUGACACACAAAGUAAGGCAUCGAAAGAUUUUCAAUCUGAAACCCAUAUCCAACAGUCUAGCUCUAGUCACUCUGCAAACGAAUUGCAGAAUAACGUUAACACCACUUCAAGCAAAAAGAUUAACCGUUCUUCUCAAGACGUAACUGACCGUGCUAUAUCAGAUCGUUCAACAUCUCGGCAUUCUACGGAAAGAAAUGUUCAAAAUAAAGUUAAUGACACAAAAAAUGUCAAGAAUAUUUCAUCAUCUACACAUAAAACUGUUAAACAAAUAACCGAGAAGAAACUGAUCGCUGGAAAAUGGGUAAAUGUAACACGAAAUGUCGAAGUUACUACAAUUAGCGCUGGUGAUUCAAAAAGUCCUUCGGUAAAAUAUGAUCAGGAAAAUCGUAAUGGAGUCUAUUAUAAGCAACCUGGAAAUGCAACAGAAAACAUCAUGUCAGAUCAUGCAAUUAGUACUAGCAAUAAUAUUAUAAACAAACGCAAUACUUCAGAUAGUCACUUUGAGCGAAAUGACUGUAAUACUACUUACAUAGUGAAUGAGAAACACGAUGAAAAUAAUAGAGAUCGGUUAACCCAACAGUCUGUUAGCAGGAGGGGAACACCUCAAAGAAAUUUGGGGCCGGAACAGCAUUCAUCUACUUCAGAAAAUCAAACCCAACGACUCAGCCACACAUCUGAUGUUAAUUCUCAAGAAAAUGUACGUAGUACAAUGCAAUCGAGCCGUAGCGAACAUGUUACAUCUCUAUCAAAUCAACAAAUUAUAAAUGAUAGACAAACACACAAACAUGUGAGUGGUGAACAUACUAAAAAUAGGCAGUUAACCGAAACUUCACCGGGGCAUCAUGUAAUUUCAGAGCAGGAUUUGAAUUCACAGCAGCGUCAAACUGAUAACCACAUUCAACGUACAAUGGGUUCAUCGUCUAAUGUAUCAUCAUCGAGCCAUUUGGAGCAGAAUAUUUCAAAAACAUCAUCGGUUAAUCAAUCGCACACUGUUAAUAGAAAUCAAUUGAGUGACAGUGUUACGAAAACAAGCAUUGAAUUUCAGAGAGCCAUGCACGGUGGCGGCGAUAAUCCAAUUGCAUCAACCACAUCGCGUACUGGUCACCAUAAGCGAACUUCUGAUUUAGUAUCCGAUUCGUCAAGCACAAAUGCCGUUCUUCAUCGCAAGGGUGUCACAUCGAUGACAGAGGCUCAACAUUCAACAAGUUCGACUGCUGCUGCGCAACGUAAAGCCAUAACUAAUUUGAAUGAACGUGGUGAAUAUAUAAGCAAUUCAACACAAAGUGCUGAUAGAAAAAGUAUAAGCUCUAUGCAUCGUUCUACUCGAGAUAAUGUGGCUGUAAUAUCACAACAUACUGAAAAUAUUGAUACAAGACGUCAGGAAAAAAGAGAUGGUCAGUCUACAAUGGUUGUAGAACGGCAACCCCGUGUGGUUCUAAGAGAUAAUCUUCGAGUUGGGGGUGACUUUUAUGGUAACUCUGAAGCUCGCUCUUAUGGUAACUUCUCCAGAUCGAACCAAGUGGACCGAUCUGAACGGAAUGAGCGUGUAGAAAGAGUAGAACGUCACGCUCGUCAUGGCAACACUUCGCAAUUCGUCUUAGGAGAAGGUGGAACAAGUUACAAGCGAGAAUUUACAACCCACGUUCAUGGGAAAUGUCCGGCUACGCUGAUCGAAUCACCCCGCACGCCAUUCAAACACACUCGUGAUUCCCGCGAGCACAAAUUCUACACAUCGAAAAUAACUCAGCAAACAUCUCAAUAAGAUUAAGUUAAUUUUAUCUAACGUGAAGCAAUAUCAUUCAUUCCCUAUUUACUGGAGCUUUGAACUUUGUUUCUUAAAUAACAAUUUUAUUUUAUAACCAUUUUUUUUUUUAAUGUAACUUGCUAACAUAGCUAGUUUUGCGUUUCGCAUUAUUGUAAUGUGCCUUUUUAAUAUUCUUCUAAUAAAUAUUAUAAACGCAUAAUAAUAAAUUAUAUUAUA